AUGCAGUAUAAAUUUGUCCUCACUGCCCUUCUUUCCAUCUGCCUCCCCAUUGUUACUGCAGCAGACUCUCGUUACUGCCAGGGAAGCCCCACCCUCAAUCCUAAAGACUUCACUCUCAAGGAGUCUGCCGACAACGCCCAUCUACCCAUCCUCUCAAACCACUUCAAGUCGAAGGGAAAGAUUGCCAGCGUCACGGCAGUGCUUAAAUCCGCGAACCGUGAUCUAAGCAAGGGCUCGCCCCCAGUUGGCAAUGGAUCCCCCGCGGAAGCCUGGGCGUGGAACGCAGGUGAUGACAAGACCAAAGAGUGGAUUCCACAAGGAAUCACCAGCUCUGCAGAUGCGCUUGGAAAGGGGACCUGGAAUGAUCACGAGGCGUGGAUUGUGAGUUGGUAUCGUGACGGAGACAGCGUGCGACUCAGCUUUGUCGACCGCAAGACCCACAAGUAUCGUCAUGUCAUGCUUGUCUACCCGACUGCGGAUGAUGACUUCAAGUCCAUCACCAUUCACGCCGGCGGCAUCAUGUGGUACGGGAACCUGCUGUAUGUGGUUGACACUAAGAACGGUAUUCGUGCCUUCGAUCUGGACAAUAUCUGGGAGGUCGAGAUCGCAGACGGAGUCGGGAAAUCAAAAGACGGCAAAUCGUACUCUGCAGAUGGAUAUCGAUAUGUGCUUCCUCAAAUCCGGUAUUACAAAUGGACCCCCGGCGAGACCUCCCCGUUCCGCUUUUCUUGGAUAUCCCUUGAUCGCAGUGACUCACCAGAUACUCUCAUGGUAGGUGAGUUUGUACGCGAUGGGGAGAAGUUCAAGGGCACCGAUACUCCAGUCCCCAUCCGCUAUGUCAAGUAUAAUCUGGAUGCUUCGACCCGCCGACUGCAAACUGAGGACGGUGUUGCGACCGCAAGCUGGGCGCACUGUGUCAAUAUACCCAAUGUUCAGGGAGCUGUCUCAUACGACAAGAAGUUCUAUAUCUCGCGCAGUACCGGCAGAGCUCCUAAGAAGGGUGAUCUUUUCACCUGGGAACAAGGUCAGACUGCGAAAAAGCACCAAGGAUGGUUCAUGGCGGGGAACGAGGAUAUGAGCUUCAAUCCUGUGCGGAAGGAGUACUAUACUGUUACCGAGUAUGACAGUGAUCGGUACAUUCUGGCAUACAAAGUCUAG